GGGAGGGACUGAGCUGCCUGGAGAGCCCUCCGGAUCUCCUUAAAAACAAAUCUCUCGUCAGUUUUCCCCGCUGUGUCUCCGGUCGGGGGCCGACCCCCAUCUUCUUCUUGUUGUUUUGGGCGGCCUCCCCCUCUGCUCGGGCCGUGUGGAGGCGCCCAAGAUGGCGGGCGCCUGGGGUCUGUGUCGCGGGUAGAGGCGCGGCGCUGGGCGCGGGCAGCGGCCGGGGCUGUGCCCCCUGGGGCCGCCAUGAGCAACAUCUACAUCCAGGAGCCCCCCACCAACGGCAAGGUUUUGCUGAGAACAACAGCAGGAGAUAUUGAUAUAGAGUUGUGGUCAAAAGAAGCACCGAAAGCAUGUCGAAAUUUCAUCCAGCUUUGUAUGGAAGAGUAUUACAAUAACACAAUAUUUCACAGAGUAGUGCCUGGUUUUAUAGUGCAAGGAGGUGAUCCCACUGGUACUGGAUCAGGCGGAGAAUCAAUAUAUGGAGCUCCCUUCAAGGAUGAGUUCCACUCACGACUGCGAUUUAAUCGAAGAGGACUUGUUGCUAUGGCAAAUGCCGGGCCCCAUGAUAAUGGCAGCCAGUUUUUCUUUACUUUGGGUCGUGCAGAUGAACUCAACAACAAGCACACAAUCUUUGGAAAGGUUACAGGGGAUACGAUAUAUAACAUGUUGCGGCUGGCUGAAGUAGAAGUUGACAAGGAAGAAAGACCACUCAGUCCACACAAAAUAAGAAGUAGUGAGGUUUUGUUUAAUCCUUUUGAUGACAUUGUUCCAAGACCAAAUAGAAGACUGAAGAAGGACAAACCAGAAGAAGAAGAUAAAAAGCCAAAAGUAAAAGGCACAAAAAAUUUUAACCUACUUUCCUUUGGGGAAGAAGCUGAAGAAGAAGAGGAGGAAGUCAACAGAGUUAGUCAGAGUAUGAAAGGAAAAAGUAAAAGCAGUCAUGAUCUACUGAAGGAUGAUCCACACCUAAGCUCAGUUCCUGCUGUCAAAAGUGAAGCAGCAAAUGAAGACAUGAGUGAGGAGGAAGAAGAAAAUGAUGAAGGUGCUGAUAGUGUAGAAGAUGAAGCUGCUAGCAAUGAGAGAUUUCAAAUGAAAGAACGUAUUGCAAAAAAGUUGAAACUUGAUGCAAAUGAAGCUGUUAAACCACCAGUUCAAGAGGAAGAAGCUAAGACAGAAAAGAAAACAACCAGCCGCAGUGAGGAGCUACGGAAAGAAGCACGACAGCUGAAACGUGAACUGCUGGAGGCAAAGCAAAAAAAAGAAGAGCAGGCUUUAAAACCCAAAGAAAAGGAAGAAGAGGAACCUGCUCCAAAUAGUGUUGUUGAAGAAUACCUUCAGGAGAAGAGAAAAUAUGAAGACAAGCGGAAGCAGCAGCCAAAGAAAGGCGUUUCUCGUGAAGAUCAGACACUGGCACUGUUGGACCGGUUCAAAUCAAAGUUAACCCAGGCAAUUGAAGAAACUCCUGAAAAUGAGAUUUCUGAACCUGAAGUAGAUAAUGAUGAAGGCUGGAUGUCGCAUGUACUUCAGUUUGAAGAUAGAAGCAGAAAGGUGAAAGAUGCAAGCAUGCAGGAUGAAGACACUUUUGAGAUCUAUGACCCACGGAAUCCUGUAACUAAGAGGAGAAGAGAAGAAAGCAAGAAGAUAAUGAGAGAAAAAAAGGAAAGGAGAUAAAAUGUAUGUAAUCCUAGCCAGAGCUGCCUUGAAAAGUGACUGCAAUAAAGCACUGGCUCUUUUGUAAGCUGUAGCUCCUAAAAAUAUCACUUGACAAGUGUGAAAAGGAAUCUCUCAAGAACCUGUUGUGUGGUUUUGAAUCUGAGCUAUCAUUUGUUUCUUAAGUUGUGCAGUAAACUGCUCUCAGUGCAUUCAUUAUCCAAGCUUGCUAAAGUUUUUUAUGUACUUAAUAAAACAGCUGACUUCAG